AUGCAAAGAGCACUUUUACAAGCCGCGAGAUCUGCUUCGAGGCAAUCCCUCAGAGUUAGCAGACCCGCCACGGCCGUUCCACUCGCUACUGCAAGGUACAACUUUGCUGGGUUGAGAUUCAAUACCACCAAGGCAGAGGGUGAAGAGUCCAAAGGAGCUGCGAAAGAGGAGCAGACCAAAGAAGAAGCUGCUCAGCAAGAGGCUGAGGCUCCAAAAAAUGAGGAGCCUAAAGAGGACCCUUUGGUCACCGAGUUGAAACAGAAGUUGGAGAAGAAGGACAAGGAUUUGGCAGACAUGAAGAACCACUACGCCAGAGCCGUGGCCGACUUCCGUAACUUGCAAGAGACCACCAAGAAGGAAAUGCAAAAGAGUAAAGACUUUGCGUUGCAGAAGUUCGCCAAGGACUUGUUGGAGUCGCUUGACAACUUUGAGUUGGCCUUGAAUUCCGUCAAGGAGGAGACAUUAUCUGCCAACGACGAAGUGAAGAACUUGUUUGAAGGUUUUUCUAUGACUAGAAAUGUGUUUGAGAAGACCUUGCAGAAACAUGGCAUUGAAAAGAUGGACCCUAUGGGCCAGGCGUUUGACCCCAACCACCACGAGGCCACUUUUGAAGUUCCCCAGCCAGACAAGGAGCCCGGCACCAUUUUCCACGUCCAGCAACCAGGCUACACUUUGAAUAGUAGGGUAUUGAGGCCAGCCAAGGUUGGUUUGGUCAAGGGUGAUGACAACUAA